AGGUAAAUGACACGCCUGACAGAUUUGUCAGAUGGUUGGAUGUCAACAUUGUGACAAAAGUAAUAUACACAUUUACGUUUUACACAGUGCGUUUUCUUGAUAAAUAUGGGAAUUGGUGAUUGUUUCGAAAAUAUAAAUCUGCCACCAUGUAUUUGGUUUGAGGGCGGUGACAAACGGAACGCCUAUGCUUCUAUAAUUUCCGGAUUUCUGUUUUUUGUAGGAUGGUGGAUAAUAAUCGAUGCCGCAAGUGUCUACCCCGGAACAGUUGUCGCGGGUUACCAUAUGUGUGGAGUUGUCGGAACUCUUUCACUUAUAAUGAUAAAUUCUGUGUCAAAUGCUCAAAUGAGAGGUGAUGCUUAUGAAGGUGGCUGUUUGGGUCCCAGAGGCGCCAAAGUUUGGUUGUUUGUGGGUUUUGUUAUGGGUUUUGCAUCAGUAAUUGCGUCAUGUGGUAUUUUAUUUGCUAACUUUGCAGGCAAAAAAAAUGCCCAUUACUGGCCUGGUGUAGGAUUAUUCUUACAGAAUGUUUUUAUAUUCAUUGCUUCUCUGAUAUUCAAAUUUGGUAGAUCUGAAGAUAUUUGGACAUAAGUUACAAGUUUAAUUUUAAUUUUAAGCUUUUGUGAUUAUUUAUUAGGUUGUAGUGUGUGCAGAAAGUUUUUUUGUAACAAAGUAAUCUUUAUGUUUGUAUUUAAUAUUAGCUAUUUAUUUGUUAAAAGGAUGUAUUAAAAAAUAAAACUAUUUUUUAACCA